AUGGAUGUAGAUGAUGGGCUCGCUUUGGUGGAGAAUGUUGCUCUUAGUGAUGGAAACUAUCCAGAGGAGUAUGAUCGAAGUGAUAGAGGAGAUAGCUCAGUCAAUGAUGAGAAGCACAAGAAGGAGAUCAAAACAUUGAAUGACAAGCUUGACAAGAUCUUGACUGGCCAACAAAAGCAAGUUCACUUUGUUUGUGAGGAUGAUGUGAACCAAGAGGGGGAGGACCAACAAACUGAGGAAGUGUGCUAUAUGAGUAAUCAGGGAGGUUACUACAAGGGUUACAACACAAACAACAACACGAACCUCUCUUACCGCAGCACCAAUGUGGAGAAUCCACAAGACCAGGUCUACCCACCUCAACAAAACCAAAAUCAAGGGGGCCAACAAACUGUUUACUUCAAGCGUGGUUACCCACCAAAGGUUUUUGGGAAUCAGAACCAAGAAGGACAGCGCACCGGAGCCGUCAAAAGGAAACAAGAAGAGGAGGGAAACUCUUUUUGUUCCUCCACCAUUCAAGCCAAUGCUACCUUUUCCAACACGUUUCAAGAAACAAAUGGCAGAGAAAUGCAGAAAGUUUUUGAUCAGCAACUAUCUGAGAUUCAAUUUGAAGAUCCCUUUGUGGAUGCUCUCAUGAUGAUCAAGCCUUAUCAGAAAUUUUUGAAAGAUGCCAUUUUGGAGAGAACCAAGGAAGUGCAAGGCAUGGUGGUAUUGUCUCAAGAGUGUAGUGCUAUAAUUCAAAGCAAGACAGUACAAAGAAGCUUGGUGAUCCUGGAAGCUUCACUCUUCCCUGUUCUUGGGACCUUUAGCAUUCAAGAAAGUUUGUGUGAUUUGGGAGCGAGUGUAAGCAUAAUGCCUUUGACUGUGGCAAGGCGUUUGGGUUUUGAGAAAUACAAGGAGUGUCAUUUCUCUCUGAUCCUGCUGAUAGAUCAGUUAAGCUUCCAGUAG